GCACGAGCACGGACAGCCAAUCAGCAGCUUCCACACUGUUUGGAAACAACACACCACCACCCUAAAGACCCGUGUGUCAGACUGCUCCCACGAUCUGAUCAAGUUUCUCGAAAAGCUUGCAAUUUCGCGUUGAUUAUUUAGCACUUAGCCGUUUGUGUUAAUUGAAGUAAUAAUAGAUCAGACCACACGCUGCUACCAAACAUGGAGGAGGCGCGAGGUUCUCCACUGAAGACCAUUUCUAUCGUCGUAAAAACGCCAAACCAGCAUCAAAAAGACCAAACCAUCAAUGGCGUCGAUGUCAACUGGACUGUAAAGAACUUGAAAAUACACCUGUCUACUGUCUACCCGACUAAACCGGCUGUGAAUGAACAGAGACUUAUCUACUCUGGUAAACUUCUUCCUGACCACCUCCAUAUCAGAGACCUCUCCAGACAGACUGAGUCCACACUGACAUUGCACCUGGUGUGUGCAGUAAAGAACCCCUCACAAACGACAAUGGCUGCAAAGAGUAAAGAAGCAGAUACCUCACAUUCCUCCCCCUCCAGCAGUGCUUCCACAUCAUCUAUCCAGGAUCAGGCUGCUCCAGAGCUAAGGCAGAGGAGAGUGCCUGCCCCUCCCACUGGAACUCCUGUGUGGCCCACAGCCCAAAUGUAUGGAACUCCAGCAAUGACACAGCCAUCAUUCCCCACAUACUCUUUGUACAGCACCCAACAGCUUCUAUGGCUACAGCACGUCUAUGCACAGCAGUAUUAUAUGCAAUACCAUGCAGCAUUGGCUGCAGCAAGUACAGGACCAUUGCACCAAACAACAACAAUAGCUCAGUACCCCCCUGUCCCUGCACCACAUCAAGUACCUGUUCCUGCUCCUCUGGCCAAUCAAAACCCAAUCGACAACCUACCAGUUAAUCAGAACCCUGCUCCGGACGCAGCCUUCAUCAAUCCCGGUGUGGCCAAUCAGAACAUGCGGAUGAAUGCACAGGGCGGGCCUGUGAUGGAGGAUGAGGAAGAUGUGGAACGAGAUUGGUUAGACUGGUUUUACUCUGCUGCCAGAUUAGGAGUUCUGCUCAUGAUUGUUUACUUCAAUUCCAACCUCAGUCGCUUCCUGCUGGUGAUGGGCAUGCUGUUCUUCAUGUACAUGCACACUGUAGGAUGGUUCCCUUUCAGAAGGCGUGCAGUACAAGUGCAACCCCCCAUUCCUCCACAAGCCCCUGAAAACCAGAACCCAGAACCUGUUGCUGCUGAGGAGGCAGACAGACCCAGUGAAGAUGGUUCUGAGGAGAGCUCUGAACCAGGACCAAUGACAGCUGUGUUAGUGCCUCCUCACCAAGUGUCUAUGAUGUGGACCACCUGGGUCUUCUUCAAAACCUUCUUCUCCUCGCUCAUCCCUGAUAUCCCCCAGGGAGUGGCUAACUGAGGUCCUUUCUCUCCUUCUCAGCAACACAGACAGAUAUUCUAAAGAAAUGUCCAAGGACACUAUUUAUGGAGCCUUAUGCACAAUAGCAGAGCAAAGAAACAGUGCUAAAUGUGAACUGGGAUUAAUAGGGACUGUAGAUGUGUAAAUUUAACAGUAGGUGGCAGCAGUGAAGAUGUACCUUACAGGUAUACAAGUAAUAGUGUAUUUAUCUUCUCAAUGCAGCAUGUAACAGCCACUUAAAGUUGAAGUACUUAUAGUUAAAUAUAUUAAACUAUAUCAAACUAUUGAUUUUUAAAGGUUACAUAAAACACUGCAUUAUGAGAAGGUCUUAUUCAUGGCCAAAUGCAAAAACUGCUCUUCUGUUGUAAAAUAUGGGCAUAUCUUCUUGGACAUUCUAUGGACAUUUUGUAAAUAUAUAUGUACACAAAGCACUUUAUAAUAUGUAUCUUAUGCAAGCCUUCACUUACAUGUUUAGGUGAAUUUCAGUUUUUAAAGGGGCCCAACAUCAUAAAUCAUUUAGUGGUACCAAAAUGUCUGUAUUUUUAAAACUUUUCUUUUUCAAAGGACUACAGCAAGAACAAUUUAAAGGUGGUAAAGCACGUUUGAUAAGCUGUUAAGUUCAAUGGAUUUAUUAUUUGUUUCUCUUGAAAGUGAACUGGGGAAUUGCAACACAUUGAUGAGCACAAUGGUUCCCACUGAUUGUAUAUUUUGUUUAUAUUUUAUGACAUUUUUUAGUUUAUGGUAAACGACUGUUGCAGAAAGUGAUGCUGUAAGAUGCAAUAAAUAUUCUUAUCUGUAAUAUUUCAUUA